AUGGCAGCAUACGAGAAGGAUAACGUGGACAAUGAUUUAAAUGAUCCAGGUGCUGCUCCUUAUGGCAACUUUAUAAACUAUUACACAUUUAAUCCACCUGAGAACCGUUUAAGUUUGCUGCCUAAUACACUCUUUCAAGAUUUAGGAUACAGAGACAUUCACCAAACUAUGUUGAUGCUCGACGUAGGAUGUAAUUCUGGGGACCUGAGUGUAGCUCUGUACAAACAUUUUGUGCUGACACCAGAAAAGGACGAAAGCUCAAAACCCAGGGCAGCUCACGUCCUGGGUUUCGAUUUGGACGAGAGCCUCAUUCAGCGAGCUCAAGAGACAAAUCCGCUUCCCGAAAACAUUUCCUUUAUUCCUCUAGAUAUCGCCAAGGAUCCCUCAAGCCAGGAUCCACUGCAGGACUACCUCAAACGACAUGGGUGUGCCCAUUUCCAUUUGUGUUUCUGUUUUGCCGUCACCAUGUGGAUCCACUUGAACCACGGAGACGUAGCUCUGUUAAAGUUCCUCUCUCGGCUUGCGUCCCUAAGCCAGCAUAUCGUCCUGGAGGCUCAGCCCUGGAAGUGCUAUCGCUCUGCGGCCCGUCGGCUACGGAAGCUUGGCCGCUCCGACUUUGAACACUUCAAGAGUUUGAAAAUCAACGGGGAUGUGGCCGACCAUGCUAGGAAACAUUUGGAGACACAAUGCAGCAUGGAGCUUAUCCAGAGCUUUGGCAGCACCACCUGGGAUAGAAAGUUGCUUCUCUUCAAACGAAAAUAAAAAUCCCCUCCAAUGAUGUGCUUGUGGGCCAGUAGAUUUGUCAAAUAUGAUAUUGUUGGAAAAGCAACCCCCUUUUAGUUAUUAAAUAUUCAAGUACAGGUUUAGUGUACACUACAUUAGCAUACUGUGUUGUAGGUAUACAAUUGUUGGAAUCGUUUCUUUAUACAUCAACUUGGUGUAGUCUUUAAUUGUCCACUGAUCCAAGCUUGAUUGGUGUAUAUUCAUUUACAUUAAACACCAGAACACAACCUAAUUUCAUCAUUUUAAUUACAGAAUGCUAAAAAUAACAUUACAUAAAAUGUCCUUUUAAAAGAAACCAUUGAAUAUUACAAAGGUUGUAGAUUUUGCAAAGUUAGGAUAUAAAAUCUUUGAACAGUGGUGCAUAAUUGAAAAGAAAAAUAAUUUUCAUAAAAUGCAUAUAUUAACAGUUCUACCACAUAAAAAAUGAGAUGGGCACAAAAUGUUUGCUGACAGAUGAGAUGAGUAUAGACGAUGCACAGCCACACAGUUAACUCUCCUUCCAAACACAAGAAGUACUUGGGAAUGCGCAGCGCGCUCCACACAUCAGCUGAGACUUCAAGUCAUGGUCAGAAUGGCUGAUUUACAAACUAGGCGAGCCGGGGGGGGGUGUCAAAGAACUGAAGACUCAGAAAGUGACUUGGUGACUGCUCCCAUCAUAUUCACACGUCAUUGUAAAAAUAAA